AUGGGAUUACUUCAAGGCCGAGUAGUCAUUGUUACAGGAAGCUCCUCGGGAAUCGGUCUCGCGACAGCGACACAGGCAAUAAAAGAAGGCGCCCAAGUGUUCGGAGUAGACAUCUCGACCUAUCCUCCGUCAUUAGCAGACGAGCCCAGCUUUCGAUUUUUCCAGUGCGACUUGACCACCAAUGGUUCUUCCCGGGCGAUCGUGCAAGCUUGCUUGGAGGCAUACGGGGAGAAAGUCGACGCCCUCUUUAACAUAGCGGGCGUGAUGGACAACCACGGCAGUGUCGAUACUCUGACGAACGAGAGCUGGGAGCGCUGCUUGGCAGUCAACUUGACCGCACCAGUUGAGUUGAUGCGCGAAGUGAUUCCAAUUAUGCGAAGGGAGAAGAGCGGAAGCAUCGUGAAUUUGGCUAGUAAAGCAGGUACCUCCGGCGCAGCAUCCGGGGUGGCCUACACUGCGAGCAAGCAUGGUCUGAUCGGCGCGACCAAGAAUGUUGCAUGGAGAUACAAAGAUGAGAAUAUCCGAUGCAAUGCGGUCUGCCCUGGAGGAGUCCUGACACCUAUGCGGAAUAGCUCGGAUCCAACUACCCUGGAUUUUGAAGCGCUGGCGUCGAUGCGGCCAGUUCAUAGCGCCCAUAUGGCUCCCGAGCAGGGGCCAUAUAUCAAGGCAGAGGAGAUCGCCACGACAAUAGUUUUUCUGGCCUCAGAUUCCAGCCUUAGAAUCAAUGGUGCAGUUGUGCCCAUUGACAACGCCUGGUCGACAAUCUAG